AUGAAUAAGGAUUUUGCGAUGGAACAUCGACUUGAUAAAGUUGAGGAGCGACAACCUCAAAAGAUCAAGUCUCCACUCUCUUUAGCGGAUUUGGCUCGGAGAUCAUUCGUUCGGGACCUAGCAAUGGUUGGUCGAGCUUCGGUUCAACAAGAGCUGGAACAAAUUCCUUUCGGAAUCAUGGUACAAAUUCUGGAGGACAUGUGUGAGUAUGGAAAUCUAUCAGGAGAUCAGCGGAAAAUUUUGUGCCAACCGGAAGUUUGCAGCAGAAUUCUGAGAUACUACUCGCACCUUCGAUCAAAAUUGAUUAAAUUGUUCCAAGCCAUGGAGAUUAUGAAACAGAACACAGUGAGUAGUAUGGUGGAAAACUUGCGUAUCACAGCCGAAAAGUCUGCACCUCUGGAGGAUUGCCACUUACUCGGAUACGAUGGCACAUUGCAGCUGGGUUCCUUCCUAGUAGAAGCCGGAUGGUACGAAGAAGCUUGCGUUGUCUUGGAAGUUACUCUUCAACAGUCAAAUGGGCGUCCUUUGCACAUGCUUCAAGCAUUGCAGCCGAAAUUGAUUGCUGAAACCAUAACCUACAAACACGAUAAGGCUGCGCAAACAUCGAGCGCCAUCCAAAGCCUAGUCGCAUCCAAUCAACUGUCAAAAUCGCUCGAAAUUAGCAUCAAUCUAGCGCAAUCCAUAUAUCACUAUGAGCGCUGUGAAUUCCAACCCAGCUACGAAUACGCCAUCACUGCUUUCCGCCGGCUAGACGAGCAAGAAUGCUCAAAAGCUCAAUUCGUUGAUGUCUUCAGGCAGCUCUCCAAAUGUUGCAUAUCCCGCAACCAUCUCGAUCAUGGUCGAAUCCUCAUCAUCGAAGCCGUCAGUCGUGCUUGGUAUGCUACGAAUGCUCCUUCGCCGAUCUACGCUAGCACCCUGGAAGACUACGCCAUAUACCUUCUUUCGAUGAACGCCGUCGAAGAUAGCGUAUCUGUUUAUGGUGAAGCGCAACGAAUUCACACGCAACUUUAUGGCUACUACAAUCUGUAUCAAACCGUGACUCAGUCAAACCUGCGCUAUUCCCUAUACAUGCGGACAUAUGUCUACAAAAAUCUUCAAAUAGCGGAUCAGUACCUGGAAUACGCCAUCACCUGUUCGGAGCAAGUCAACCACGGGGAUCCGAGGAUUCUGGCGGCGGUGCGUGGAGUAAGGCCGCUGCAGGCUUCCGACCGAGCUCGAUUUGGGGACGAAAGAUCACCGCAGCAGCUGGAUGAGUACGAGAAGGUUACGCCACCGAUGGCGAUUGAAGAGGUGUGGCGGGUUUUCGAUGCCAUUAAAGUGAAAGCUUAA